CAGUAGCCUAGUAAAAAAAACUGGAAUCGAAAAACCGAACCGGAACCGAACCAAACCAAAUUACCCGAAACCAAAACCGGAAUAAAACUCUAAAAUAUUCGAACGGUUCCUAUAUUUCUAUAUUCGAGUAACCAAAACCAAACCGAUUACCGACGGAUAUCCGAAUAUCCAAAAAAAAAUAAGUUUCAGUUUUUAUAUAAUGUAAAAUGUCAUCAACGAAGAAUAAUUAAUUAUCGACUGUAAGGAUUAAGUUAGAAAAUGGACAAUUUACAUUUUACACCGAUCAAAGUAGUAAGAAACAACGCAUGGUAUCUGUUAGGCAUGGGUAUUUUAACCUGGAUCUGAAGAUCUGAACCGGAACCAACCCAAAAAUACCCGAUCCAGAAUCGGACCAAAAAUUUACAAGUACUUUUUGGGUUUAGUUUUUUUUUACCCGAAAGAACCGGAACCAAAAAGAAACCGAUCCGAAUAGACCCGGAUCCGAAUAGAUCCGACCCGAUAAAAACCAAUUUGUACCCGACUUAAAAACAUGUAUAUGAUGUUUUUGUGUUCUAUUUUAUAUAUUAUUUUAUGAUUUAAUUGAAAUAUCUUUUGUGAACAACAUUUGUUAUUAUUUUUGAACAUUUUUAAGUAAUAUAAAACUUUAAAAUGUAAAAUUUAGAGUUUUAAAAUGUUUAAUUAUUAAUAGUUUCAUUUAAGUUGUUUUGUAAAAUUUUAGAUAUAUAUGACAAAUAUUUAACUAAAGUUGAUGGAAUUGGAUAUAUCAUGUUCUUUUCAGAUCCUAAAUACCCGACCCGGAUCCGAAAAAUUAUGGGCAUUUUAUGGGUAUUUUAAUUAUAGAUCCGAACCGAUCCGAAUCCGAGAAGAACCAACCCGAACCCGAACUGAAAAUUUCUAAAUAUCUAUUGGAUCUAAAUAUUUAGGACCCGAAAAGACCUGAUCCGAAAAGAACAGGCCCGAACCCGAUCCGAACAUCUACGUCUAGUAUCAGUUAUCGUGCAGCCCAGUCCAGCCCACUUUCACAUAAACAAAAGAAAGUAUAUUGUCCAUUUUGGAUUAAUAUAGUAUAAUAUGCCUAUUUAACAAAUUUUUAUUUUAUCUUUUCAAUAUUGACAUUUAGUUAAUUCAGCAAUUCGUUCAUCUCAGGCUGAGAUUCUCAGCGAGUAAAAAAUCACGCGCGGUAGCCAAAGCAGACGCAGGGAGAGAGAGAGGAGGAGGAGGAGGAGGAAGAAGAUGAGAGAGACGGUGAAGUUGAUAAGCAUGGAGGGUUUCGAGUUCGUGAUCGACAGGGAAGCCGCCAUGGUUUCUCAGACAAUCCGAAGCAUGCUCACUUCUCCAGGUUCCUCUCCUCCUUCUUCUCUUUUAAUGCGUUUGAUCGCAAUCUCUGUUCUUUUUCUUGAUUUUGAUGGAUUCGAUCAAAUCCAUCUAACUUGUUUACAUUGUCGACAUGUGAAAGAUGUUUCAAGAAACUCUCUGUUGUUGUUGUUGUUUCGAUUGGUAGGUGGGUUCUCGGAAUCGAAAGAAGGCGUGGUGACUUUCCCUGAUAUCAGCACUACAAUUCUAGAGAAGAUCUGUCAGUACUUCUAUUGGUCUAUUCAAUACUCCAGAGGCAAAGAGACCGAGUUCCACAUCGAGCCUGAGUUGACCUUGGAGCUGAUGAUGGCUGCUAAUUAUCUUCACACUUGAAGAGUUCAAAUUGAUAUUUCAUUAAACUCUUAUUCUGAGUAGUGUAGUUUUUCUUUGUAGCCAUAAGAUGUGAAUCCCCGGAGCACUUCGUGUGGGGGUUAUUGAAUAGCUCCGAGGGAAAGUUGUCUACUUUGUUUACUAGUUAUUUUGACUAUUGACCGCAGCAUCAAUCUUCUUGUGAGUUAUUAGUUGCCUUUCUGAAUGCUUAGCAAGCUUUGUAAUGAGCAACAAACAUUCUGUGCUAAUGAUGACUGGCUUUGGUGUCUAA